GUUUACCCGCAGGAGGGGAAACACGACGUUGAGGGAUCAGCCACGGUGUUCUACAUGGUGCACUGCGGGAAAGCCCUGUACAACAACCUGCUGUGGAGGAACUGGUCGGCAGAGGCCCUGUCCAAAAUGGUCAUCAUCGGGAACAGCUUCCAAGGGAUGGAGGAGAGGCUGUUGUCAAGAGUAUUGGAAAGAGAUUAUUCUUACAUAGCAAAGGUGUUGAAAGGGACGGAGGAAGCAGCGCUCCCCACUCACCCUCGCUACCUGGACACCUUCAACGAUACCUCUGUCCACUGGUUUCCCCUCCAAAAACUGCAGGAACUCUCCCCCGAGGUCUGGGAUUUCCUGGAGGAGCCGACAUACCAAGACUGUGAUGACUUGGAGAUCAUCAGGAGGGAGGAUGGAGCCGAGCGGUGCUGUCCUGCUGCCACCGAGGCCUGA